AUGGAGUCAGACAUAAAAGUGAAUGAAUAUUUUAAAAGCCAGUUUAAGGCAUAUCAAGAGCAACAGCAAAAGCGGCUGCAAAGUCUGAUGGAGAGGAAGAAAGAAAAUCAAAACACUGAUAAUGGCAAUGCAAAGGAGACUUUCAGAAUCCCAAAUGAUCUGAACCUGUUUGAAACAGAACAACAAAUAUGUGAAGAUGACAGCAAAAGAUUGCUUGAGGCUGAGAACAAGCAGCUCCAGGAUCAGCUCCAAGUGGCACAAGAUGAGAACUGCAGAUUGAACAAACUGGUGACAGAGAAAGAAUUUGAAAUAAAGCAACUGCAGAAAAAAAUACAGGACAGAUUGGCUUUGUCAGGGGCAUCUGGUUUAGCUGGAGAUGUUGCAGCUACUAAAAUAGUUGAAUUGGCCAAAAAGAAUCGUGAGAUAACUGCUGAGACUGAGCGUGAAAAAGCCAAAGUGAAGCAACUGAGUAACAAAGUCAAAGAGCUGGAGAGAGAAUUACAGACAGCCAUGGAAAAAAUACAUUCUUGUGGUGGUGAUGGAGAAAUCAAGCAAUCAGCUGUGAAGGUAACAGGAAACUUGGCUGAAAGUUCAGAGGUGAAAGCACUGCAAGAAAAAGUAACCACAGCCAACUUCAAAGUGAUUGAGUAUCGUAACCUGCUCCAGUCUGCAAAACAGGAACUGAGGAUGACCCAAAAGCUUUUAGCAAAUGAAGUUGGUGAAGAUGUGAAUAUUCAAAGUCUCUUGAGCAAUUCUGGCAGCUGGCGUGGACGGGCUCAGCAAAUUCUUGUUCUCCAAAGCAAGGUUCGAGAGCUGGAGAAUCAGCUAGCUCAAAACAAGACCAGAACAUCACUGAGUGAGCUUGAUGAGGAAUUGCUGGCACUUACUGAUCCAAGGAGGUUGUCACCCCAGGAGAAGAAUUUGUUGAAGAUUCGCAGCUUGGAAAAAGAAAAGAAAGAAGCUUUGGAGAGACUCACUGGGGAACAUGAUGCACUCCAAAAGAGCCACGAGGAAGUAAAAAAUAAACUUGAGGCCUCAAAAGCCAGGAACAAAGUACUGUGCAGCGAGGUGAAAACCCUGAAGGGACAGAUCAUAACCCUGCUGGAGAAAGGAAAACAUGAUGACGAGCUCAUCGACACCUUACUGAGCCAACAGAAGCAGAUGCAGGAGAUCUUACAGCGCCUGAGCCAGCAGGAUGAGAAGUACAAGGAGUCCCAGCAGAUGUUACCACCACACUUCAACAAUCAGCUUCAGAGAUCAGAGUGCCUUAUAGAGCAGCUCAGACAGAGGUUGGCUGAACGAGAAGAGAAGGUUAAAGAGCUGGAAGGAGAAAUUGCACAACUCACACUUCAGAAGGAGCCUGCCCAUCAGUGGAACAGUUCAGGAGCUGCUGAUCCACCACCUUCUGAGCACUCAGAAGAUCCAGGUUUUACUCUGCUUAAUCCUCUGGGAUCAGACAGCAGUCAGGGUGGACGGAUUGGAUCUGCUCGCAUAGUGUCCAGGAUGGGCCAUACACUUGUAGAAUCAGCAGCUCCUCAACCUUCUGUUCUUGGUAGUAACAUCACACCUGGAAGGCUCUCUGGCACUGACAGCCAGGAUUUGAAAGUGCUGCAGACACAGAUCAUGGAGCAGGAGGCUCUCUGCCAGGCUGCUGAAGUGGAAAGAGACAAGCUCCUGGAACUAGUCACUGUGCUGCAGAAAAGGGUGGAGGAAGGCAGUGAUCAACUCUUGGAAGCUGAGAAGAGACUUCAGGAAGAGCAGCAGCGACGUGUCACUUUGGAACAGCAGCUUGAAAAACUGCAAAUGGAUCCUGGGUGGAACACAAAUGGACAGAGGCCACACCUGAGGAGCAAAACAGGCCAGGCUGCGAGUCACUCAAGACUCACCUUGAAUGGGAGUGAUAGGAAGGAGCUCACUGCAGCCCAACUGUCCAAGUUGCCUCUAGAAUCACAGGUAGUUACUGAGCUUGUGACCCAGCUGGAGGAGAACAAAGUUCUGAAGGCUGCUUUGGAGACUACUGUGAGAAAGAAAGAGGAAGACUUUAAACUGUAUCAAGACACAAUGGACCAAGUGAAGGAUAUCUUUUUACAGGCCAUUUGGCAACAGAAACAAGAGAAGUUAAGAAGAUACUCAGAGUCCUUUGGUCUGCAAAGCAGGGAGAGAGCCCAGGCAUCCUGCCCACCAAUUGAAAUGCAGUGGCAGUGUAGUUUUGCAGACUUGGAUCAUGCUGUUCCUUUAGCAUUUGCAGAAGGGGAUGAGAAAUGGAGAUGA